AUGCUUCUAAUUAAGCUUACUCCGACUCUCCUCGCCUUCGUGGCUGGUGUCAGUGCCAAAGACAUUUUUGUCUCGCCAACAGGUACUGGUUCUGGUACCCUUGCGGCGCCUUAUGGAUCAAUUCAAUCUGCCGUUGAUGCUGCUAAAGCUGGCGACAUUGUCUACCUUCGAAAAGGCACAUAUGCUCCGUCCAAGAACAUCCAGGUCAAGACCAAUGGCGCCAAGGGCAGUCCCAUCACUGUGAAACCUUACCAGAGUGAAAAGGUCAUCAUCGAUGGCGAGAACAUGCCGGGAACUCCCAAGGCCCUCGGCGAGUCACUUCCCAAUGCCGAGCGAGGUGUAUUCCACAUCCAGAAUGCAGAGUACUGGUCAUUCUACAAUCUCGAAAUCAUCAACGGACCCUACGGCAUUUACGCCCGAGAUGCCUCAAACAACUACUACGAGGGUCUCUCCACCCACGACAAUUAUGAGACCGGCUUCCAACUUGAAGGCGCAUCAUCAAACAACGUAGUCGUCAACUUGGACUCUUACCGCAACCGCGAUCCUCGCAAGAAUGGCGAGAGCGCCGAUGGCUUCGCUUGCAAGGAGGGCUCAGGUACUGGCAACGUGCUCCGCAACGCGCGUCUGUGGGAUAACGUCGAUGAUGGUCUGGAUCUGUACAUGUUUGGCUCACCUGUCACGCUCGAGGAGGUGUACGCCUGGGGCAACGGUUUCAACCGCUGGGACUUUACCGAAUUCGAAGGCGACGGUAACGGUUUCAAGCUAGGCAUUACCAACAACCCUCCUGCGAACCAUAUCGUCAAGAACUGCAUUGCUUUCCAGAAUGCCCAGAAGGGCUUUAUUGACAACGGUAACCCGGGCUCUUUGACCUUUGAGCGCAACACUGCAUGGAAGAACGGCAACGUUGGCUUUCACAUGCGCAGCUCUUCGUCCAAGAUGACCAAGAACAUUGCGGUGAACAACACGGGCAAGCAGGUUGAUCUGAUCAGCAAGGUCUCCGCCUCUGGAAACUCUUGGGAUAGCAAGGAUACUUGGAAUGAUGCUGCUUUCAAGAGCACUGAUGCAUCAACGCUGAAGGGAGCUCGUGGAUCGGAUGGGCGUGUCAAGGCUAGUGAUUUCUUGAUUCCUGCUUCUGGUGCCGCCAUCGGUGCUACCACUAAGGCGAAGGUCUAA